CUCAGUGCCUACAGAGCGAGCUCCCAGCAGCCUCCGCGCGCGGCCCGUUAAGCCCCGGGGGCUGUGUACUUGCAGGUUCCGUCCCACCCUCGCUUACACUGAGCAUCACCGUGAGGCAGGUGCGACACCCAAGCUCUGGCCUCUGUGAACCCUCCAGGCAAGUAAACUCCAAGGAAGACUGACCAGUUCUUGAGUUUCUAAACCAUGGCCCAUACAUGUUUGGAUGAUCAAGAUACGCCAGAGUAUUCAAGAGGCUGCACCUAUAGCAACAGGAUUCUUCAAGAGCACAUAGAGAUCACUGAUGUUCAGUGAUGUGUCCAUAGUCUUCUCUCAGGAGGAGUGGGAAUACCUGGACCUGGAACAGAGGGACUUGUACAGAGAUGUAAUGUUGGAGAAUUACAGCAACUUGGUCUCCCUGGGAUGCUUCAUUUCUAAGCCAGAUGUGAUUUCCUUGUUGGAGCAAGGAAAAGAGCCCUGGAAAGUUGUGAGGAAAGGAAGGAGACCAUAUGCAGAUUUAGAGACCAGGAAGUUAUCCUCAGAAAAUGACAUUUAUGAAAUAAACCUACCUCAGUGGAAGAUAAUGGAAAGAAUUAAAAAUCAUGGCCUUAAGGGCCUAAUUUUAAAAAGUGACUGGGAGUCUAAAAGAAAAUUUGAAGGACAGGAGGAAUAUUUCAGUCAAGUGAAAAUUACAUCUCAAAAAGUGUCCUCUUAUCAAAAACGUACAUCUCUAACUCCACAUCAGAGAAUUCAUUUUGUGGAGAAACCCUAUGAAUGCAAAGAAUGUGGAAAGGCCUUUAGAGUACGCCAACAGCUUACUUUUCAUCACAGAAUUCAUACUGGUGAAAAACCCUAUGAAUGUAAGGAGUGUGGAAUGGCCUUUAGACAGACUGCACACCUUACUCGACAUCAGAGACUUCAUUCUGGUGAAAAACUCUAUGAAUGUAAAGAAUGUGGAGAAUCUUUUAUAUGUGGCCCAGACCUUAGAGUACAUCAGAAAAUUCAUAUUGGCGAAAAGCCCUAUGAAUGUAAAGAAUGCGGGAAAGCCUUCAGAGUGCGAGGACAACUUACUCUCCAUCAGAGGAUUCAUACUGGUGAGAAACCCUAUGUAUGUACAGAAUGUGGAAAGGCCUUUAGACAGUAUGCACAUCUCACUCGACAUCAGAAGCUUAAUAUUGCUGACAAACUCUAUGAAUGUAAAGAAUGUGGGAAGGCCUUUUUGUGUGGCUCUGGCCUUAGAGUACAUCACAAACUUCAUACUGGUGAGAAACCCUAUGAAUGUAAGGAAUGUGGGAAAGCUUUCAGAGUGAGACAGCAACUAACACUGCACCAGAGAAUUCAUACUGGUGAGAAACCCUAUGAAUGUAAGGAAUGUGGAAAGACCUUCAGUCGUGGUUAUCAUCUUAUUCUUCAUCACAGAAUUCAUACUGGUGAGAAACCUUAUGAAUGUAAGGAAUGUUGGAAGGCCUUUAGUCGUUACUCACAACUUAUUUCACACCAAAGUAUCCAUAUUGGUGUUAAACCUUAUGACUGCAAGGAAUGUGGGAAGGCUUUUAGAUUGCUCUCACAACUUACACAACAUCAGAGUAUUCAUAUUGGUGAGAAACCCUAUAAAUGUAAGGAAUGUGGGAAGGCCUUUAGAUUGCGCCAAAAACUUACUUUACAUCAGAGCAUUCAUACUGGUGAAAAACCCUUUGAGUGUAAGGAAUGUAGGAAGGCCUUUAGACUUAAUUCAUCCCUUAUUCAGCAUCUGAGAAUUCAUUCUGGUGAGAAACCUUAUGAAUGUAAGGAAUGUAAGAAGGCCUUUAGACAACAUUCACACCUUACCCAUCAUCUAAAAAUUCAUAAUGUAAAAAUAUAAGAUAGUUUUUCAAUCCUGUCUUGUAGAAUACUCUAUGAAUAUAGUAAUUAAUCCUUUUUGCUUCCUUCAUACAGGCAAUUGACUUAAGAGGUUUUAUAUCAUUACAAGAAUAUGUUAAUUUAAUGUAUUCCACCAUCACUUAAGCCUGAUAAACUUUACACUUACUCUAAAAACUAAUCCUAAUCAGUGUGACAAAUGUGGGAGACACUUAUCUCUGUCCCAUCACUUUCCUACUUGUAUUAUAUUGACAAGAUGCUUAACUGCUCUGUGCUAUAAUUUUUUCAUUUGUAAAAUGGUAAUACAAUACUGUGGCAGAAUAAAAAUUGUUGCAAAUUGUUUGACAUUCCCCCUUUCCCCCCAUCAAAAUCUGGAAUCCACAUCCGUUCUCCUUGAGGAUGGGCAGACCAAGACUACUUUGACUAGUAAUAGUACUGCUGUGCCAGUUUCCAGGCUUUACUGGUAGAUUUUACUGCAUCUCUUGGAGUGCUCCUUUAAGCUUAGGUUCUGAAUUCUGUUAAAAAGUCUGUCUGCUCUGCUGAAGAGACCACAUGGAGAAGCCCUAAGACCACAAAGAAAGAAAGAGGCACCCUUCUGAGCCCAGUCUUCCACACAUGCCUACCAAGACACCAGACAUUUAAGUGAAAUAGUGUUGGAUCUUCCAGACCACCCAGCAGCUGAGUACCCACUGAGUGACUUCAGUUGAUACCAUAUAAAACAGAUGAAUCUAUCAACUGAGUCCCUGCCCAAAUUCCUGACCCACAAGAUCAUGAGAUAUAAUAAAAUAAAUUUUGUUUUAUUAUUAUCAUUAGUAUUACUCCUUUGAAAAUUCAUAUGAAAGACUAUGGGCACAAAGAAUAUAGAAAUGCCUUCCACCAACACUCACCCUUAUUUAACUUCAGAUAACUUACUCUUUUUAAAAUAGUUCAAGUGAGAAAUUGUUUUUCAAUUUGUUCAUAAAAAAGCAGAUAUUCUACAGUCUACAUUCUCUGGCCCAAGUCUAAAUUUAACUUAAAAUUAACAAAGAAUAACGUAAAAAUAAACUUUGGAAAUUAAAAAUUACUUGUAUUAUAACUUCUGUAUUGAUUUUUAAAAAUACAUUGUAGCCUUUUUUUGUGCUCUGGUUGUCCUGUCUUUCAUUAGUGAGAAUCCCCUCAAAUUGGUUCCUAUGUCCUUUUGUCAUGACAAAAGCUUUUAAUAGCUUCCUUUUUUCCUGACCAAAUGCACUGGUCAGUUAUGAAGCAUAUUAGGGUACUUAUUGAUAAAUAAAGGGGAAAAGUGGA